AUUGUGUUUUUCAAAACGGCAUAACCUAUUAACAGCAUAUACAUCUGUGUGCCCUUGUGUACAUAUGGUUUCUCUUUUGCAUUGUCAAAAGGAAUCCACCACAUUUCUUCGUCGUGUUCCCCAUUUUUUUCUCACAAGAAUUAUUCAUAAGAUCAUAAAAUCAUGGAGAUGAUGCCGGAACAACUAGGGAUGCCGGAACAACUAGGGAUGCCGGAACAACUAGGGAUGCCGGAACAACUUGGGAUGCCGGAACAACUUGGGAUGCCGGAACAACUUGGGAUGCCGGAACCAAUUGGGAUGCCGGGACAAUUUGGGAUGCCGGAGGCAGAUCUUGUUGGCAGCGGCGGCAUCACCAACAUGUCCCAGCCGCCACCUGACGUUAAUUGGAUAUUUGAUAUGGCUUGGUAUGGUGAAGCUGUAAGAGAAGAUGGGUUUAUAUGCGAGGAGCAUCCUGCUAAGUUGUCUUCAGAUGGUAUUUGGGAGAGAGAACGUUACGACAGACCUGGUCUUGGCGUUUGGCAAUAUCGUCUUCCAAAUCUCGAACUUGUCAUCUUGAUUGUGUUCUUGCUUUGGCAAAUCAUCAAUAUCUUGUUCAGGAAAAUGGGUCUUUCCAUUCCAAAGUUCACCUCUAUGAUGCUUGCAGGGUUACUCUUGAACGUUCUACUUACUAUUUCGGGAAACAAGUCGAUUAUUCAAGAGAUCUUGUUCCCGAAAAACAGACUCGAUAUUCCUGGAUGCCUUGGUUCAUUUGGGUUCAUGAUUUUUUGGUUCCUCAAGGGUGUGAAAAUGGAUGUCAAGAGAAUCUUCAAGGCUGAAGCAAAGGCAAGAGUAACUGGAGUUGCAGCUGUUACUGUCCCUAUAAUUGUUGGUUUAGUGCUUUACAAGUUUAAAUCAGGCAAGGAUCGACCGCUUAAAACCGAAGAGUACGAUACACUGUUGCUAAUGGAAAGCCUCACGGCCUUCUCGGGAAUCGCGAGGCUCUUGCGUGACCUAGGCAUGAACCAUUCGGCUAUUGGUCGGGUUGCUUUGUCCUCAUCUUUAGUCUCUGAUAUGGUUGGACUCAUGUUCUUGUUGGGAAUGGUUCCCUUUGCUUUUGUGUCAAAGAUUGAAGGUAUAAGUCUACUUGUCGAGAUGAUCUUCUAUAUCAUCAUUGCCUUUACGGUAGUGAGGCCACUAAUAUUUAAAGUAAUCAAACGCAAACGAGAAGGGAGACCCAUCGACGACAAAUAUAUCUACGGGAUUCUUGUCAUGGUUUGUUUAGCUUGUAUGUAUUGGAACGAUCUUGAGCAAUUUCCUGCACUUGGAGCUUUCUUUCUCGGUCUUGCUAUUCCCAAUGGACCUCCUAUUGGUUCUGCAUUGGUCGAACGAUUAGAGAGUUUCAAUUUUGGUAUCAUAUUGCCUCUCUUCAUGUCAUCCGCUAUGCUCAGGACUGAUAUCACAGCUUGGAAAGAUUGUUUAACAUUCUUUAGCGGUAAUGAAAAGAAAUUCGCGGUUGCCUCUCUCGUCUUGCUCAUCUUCUUGUUGAAGAUCUCUGUCUCAGUGAUCGUACCUUACAUGUAUAAAAUGCCCUUGAGAGACUCCAUUAUUCUUGCCCUAAUUAUGUCUCAUAAGGGUAUCAUCGAACUAAGUUUUUACCUUUUCUCAUACGGCCUUGAGCUUUUAACCAGAGACACCUUCUCGAUCCUAGUCUUGUCCAUCGUCCUCAACUCGUUGAUCAUACCAAUAGCGAUUGGAUUUAUUUACGACCCAUCGAAACAAUUCAUGUGCUACCAAAAGAGAAACCUAGUAAGCAUGAAGAACACUGGAGAGCUAAAGACUCUUGUGUGCAUCCAUAGACCAGACCACAUUUCUUCAAUGAUCAACCUUCUUGAAUCUUCUUAUCAAUCCGAAGAUAGCCCUCUCACUUGCUACGUGCUUCACCUUGUCGAGUUACAAGGUCAAGACGUUCCCACUUUGAUCUCACACAAAGUCCAAAAACUCGGAGUUGGUACGGGAAACAAAUAUUCUGAAAACGUCAUCCUUUCUUUCGAACAUUUCAACCGUUAUGUAUGCAGUUCCAUUUCUAUAAACACCUUCACUUGCAUCGCAAACUCUACCCAUAUGCAAGAUGAUAUUUGUUGGCUCGCUCUCGAUAAAGCUGUCACGCUUAUCAUUCUUCCUUUCCACCGGACUUGGUCUCUCGACCGGACAUCUAUCGUGUCCGACAAUGAAAUGAUCCGGUUUCUUAAUUUCAAAGUCUUGAAACAAGCUCCUUGCUCUGUCGGCAUCCUUAUCGAGCGACAUCUCGUUAGCAAAAAGCAAGAAUUUCAACAAAACCCUAAGGUUUGUGUAAUAUUUGUGGGAGGAAAAGACGAUAGGGAAGCAUUGGCCUUCGCGAAGCGAAUGGCUUGUCAAGAGAAUGUAACAUUAACGGUUCUACGCCUUUUAGCAUCAGGAAAUAGCAAAGAAGCGACAGGAUGGGAUCAAAUGCUUGACACGAGGGAACUAAGAGAGGUUAUGCGAAGCAACGAUUCAGGAAUGCUAAAAGAAGAAAGUUCCACGAUUUACUUGGAACAAGAGAUAGUAGAUGGAGCGGAUACGUCAAUGCUUCUACGUUCCAUGGCUCUCGAUUACGACCUUUUCAUCGUAGGAAGAACCUGCGGUGAGAACCACGAGGCAACUAGUGGAAUAGAGGAUUGGUGUGAGUUUGAAGAGCUUGGAGUCAUUGGUGAUUUCUUGGCCUCACCGGAUUUCCCGAGCAAAACAUCGGUGUUAGUAGUUCAACAACAAAAAUCGGUAGCUCAGUAAUAAUUAGAAAUGAAGAAUACCACACUACUUGUUGUUCCAUAACUCUCUUUUGUAGCAUUUAUAUAAAUUUAAAAUACCCAAAACAAAGUAUGAG